GUCAAUUCUCCCACUUAGUGCUGAAAUUUUUGAAUUGUAAUUUAAUUUCAAUUUUUUUAUAAGAAAUGAGAAUUAUUGGUUUCAAUUUAAUGUAGAAAUUUCUUUCAAAAUAAAUAUUAAAACAAAAGAUUCAAUUCAAAUUAUUUACGUAAAAAUGUGCAAGGAAAUCUUACAUCUCUUUCUUUGGAGUUUCCGCUGUUGAGCACCAUGGUUCAGCGGCUGACAUAUCGUAGGAGGCUGUCCUACAACACCCGGUCGAACCGGGUCAAAGUUGUGAAGACCCCCGGUGGCCGACUGGUGUACCACUACCGCAAGAAGCCCAGGCGCGUGCCCAGAUGUGCCGACACCGGCAAGAAGCUGACCGGCAUUCGGUCCGCGCGGCCCCAGGAGAAGAAGCGCAUGAAGAGGAAGCACAAGACCGUUAACCGCACCUACGGAGGAGUGCUCUGCCACAGCGCCGUCCGCGAGAGGAUCAUCCGCGCCUUCCUGGUGGAGGAGCAGAAAAUCGUGCGGAAGGUACUGAAGGCGCAGCAGGCGUCCGCCAAGGCAAAGUGAUUAUGACACCUACAAAUAUACACAGCCAUCUUCACA